UGCACCCAGGGACAACUUUCGAAGAAAAUCAUUCCUGUCUUCAGAAUAAUAAGCUCUAUUAACAGAAAGCCCUUUUAAUUUAAAACUUGCUUUUAUCUUGUAAAUCAAAGUUAGAUGUAAAAGUUUGUAGUGCCAUUAUAACCUAAAUUUUCCCAUAUCCUCUACAUGUGGAUUAUCUCAGUAGUGAUAUACUUUUUUAUUUAAAUAAACAAUUGGACCUUCGGAGCAGCUGAACCCUGACAAGUCCUUAACUCCCAGGGUUUGAAGGUGUCCCCCCUUCUGGAAUGGAGAGUGCCGCUUGCUAACUAGAUGGCGCACUGUUAUUUGGCGUUCUGUGCUGUGCAGUUCAGGAGCCUAAGCGAGCAAGUAGCUGCUUGCGAGGUGUUCUUCAACACUUACAACAAAGUUGAUUCUGUGUAGGGUUGGAGGCUAGACAGUUCUACAAGUUUUUAGUCACAUUUUCCAUGUUGGUUAAAUCUAGGGAGUUAAAGGCUACUGGAAAAAUUAGUCUCAUUACUAAAAGAAACGUAGAGAGCGAGGGAGGAGAGGAGGUACGAGAGUUCAGGAGGUACCUCUGAAUUGCAAAAGUGAUUGUAAAAUACCAGACCUGUUCUUUUUUACUAAGGGCUAGUUUCACAACCUUGUGUCUGAAAUACUGAGGCAAAUACUCAGAUUUAUUUUCUUCCUAAUCUUGCUGGUGAAAAAAGAAAUUACUAGAGAGAAAGGAAGAAAAAAAAACACCUUGAUUUGGUGACUACAGGAAGCAACACGUUGCUGAAUUUAUUCUACAGAUAAUGAUUUAUGAGGAAUCCAAGAUGAAUCUGGAGCAGGAGAGGCCAUUCAUCUGCAGUGCUCCAGGCUGCUCCCAGCGCUUCCCAACAGAGGACCAUCUGAUGAUUCAUAGGCACAAGCAUGAAAUGACUUUGAAGUUUCCCUCAAUAAAAACAGACAAUAUGUUAUCAGAUCAGACUCCGACACCAACGAGAUUCCUGAAGAACUGCGAGGAAGUGGGACUCUUCAAUGAGCUGGAUUGCUCCCUAGAGCAUGAGUUCAGGAAGGCUCAGGAGGAGGAGAGCAGCAAGCGGAAUAUCUCAAUGCAUAAUACAGUUGGUGGGGCCAUGGCAGGGCCCGGAGCUCACCAGCUUGGCAGCACACGGAUGCCCAACCAUGACACCAGUGUUGUGAUUCAGCAAGCCAUGCCGUCACCCCAGUCCAGCUCUGUCAUCACACAAGCACCUUCCACCAACCGCCAGAUCGGGCCUGUUCCAGGCUCUCUAUCUUCUCUGCUACACAUCCACAACAGACAGAGACAGCCCAUGCCAGCCUCCAUGCCCGGGACCCUGCCCAACCCUACGAUGCCGGGAUCUUCUGCUGUCCUGAUGCCAAUGGAGAGACAAAUGUCAGUGAACUCCAACCUCCUGGGAAUGCAGGGUCCAAACCUCAGCAACCCCUGUGCUCCUCCCCAAGUCCAGCCGAUGCAUUCAGAAGCCAAAAUGAGGCUGAAGGCCGCGUUGACUCACCACCCUGCUGCCAUGUCAAAUGGGAAUAUGAACACCAUGGGACACAUGAUGGAAAUGAUGGGCUCCCGGCAGGACCAGACGCCGCACCAUCACAUGCACUCCCACCCGCAUCAGCACCAGACACUGCCAGCCCAUCACCCCUACCCACACCAGCACCAGCACCCAGCUCACCACCCCCAUCCUCAGCCUCAUCACCAGCAGAACCACCCGCAUCAUCACUCCCACUCCCACCUUCAUGCACACCCAGCACAUCACCAAACCUCGCCACACCCACCCCUGCACUCCGGCAACCAAGCACAGCAGGUUUCACCAGCCACACAGCAGAUGCAGCCAACCCAGACAAUACAGCCGCCCCAGCCCACAGGGGGGCGCCGGCGAAGGGUGGUGGAUGAGGAUCCAGAUGAGAGGAGGCGGAAAUUUCUGGAACGGAACCGGGCCGCCGCCACCCGCUGCAGACAGAAGAGGAAGGUCUGGGUGAUGUCACUGGAAAAGAAAGCUGAAGAACUCACCCAGACAAACAUGCAGCUUCAGAAUGAAGUGUCUAUGUUGAAAAACGAGGUGGCGCAGCUGAAACAGUUGUUGCUAACGCAUAAAGAUUGCCCAAUAACAGCCAUGCAGAAAGAGUCGCAAGGAUAUCUAAGUCCGGAGAGCAGCCCUCCCGCGAGCCCGGUCCCCGCUUGCUCCCAGCAGCAGGUCAUCCAGCAUAACACCAUCACCACGUCCUCGGCGGUCAGCGAGGUGGUGGGAAGCUCCACCCUCAGCCAGCUCACCACUCACAGAACAGACCUGAAUCCGAUCCUUUAAAAACCAGGGCUCAGACCUUGCCUCCAAGAAGAGCUGCCGCGUCCCAUGCGUCCUUUCCUUGAAGGGCAUUUUUAGAAUUAACUCAGACCUGGAAGACUCCUCAGCUCUUCAGAGACUGGCUUUCGUUUUUACAGUCAUCAUGGAAAUGUUGUCUUUUAUACUUAGUUCUAUGAGAAAAAAGGGAGUUAUGCAAUUACUAUCUAUCAGCUUGGGAAAUGCUUUGGUGCUUUUCUCCAGUUUUCUGGUACCAGUUACAUGUUUAUAAACUGAAUGCUUUCUGUAUAUAGUCAUGGUUUCAUUAGCAGUCCAACCCUUUGCCUGAGACAUUGACUCUUGUUAAGCCGCAGCUUAUAGCCAAAAUGAGGCAUGCUUAGAUGUCAACAGAUGCAAGGCAACUGGGUGAGAUGUCUGAUGACAUCAUAGUCCGUGUUGAGCUUGUGCUGUGAUGUCACCAGAAUCCCAGAUAAACACAGAGCCUUUUCCACAGCUUUGUUUCUCUUACUAUAAAAAGCGUAAGAUCCAUUGAUGUCCAAAUAACGCCACCAGGCAUCUCCGCACUCCUCCUGCUCCCCUUGGCCCACUUCCUCCAAUGCCCACUUCCUUCUCCGUUUCCACUCCUUGCUGGGCUCCCUGUUUAUAUCUUUACUUUCUUCUGCUUUAUUUUCCCCCUUGAGCAUUGCAUGUAAAGAAGAAAAUAAUGUUUAAAGAAAAAAAUAAAAGCAAACCUCAGCAAUGUGGACCUAGCCAUCACUUCCCUUGCCCUUGACCCGCAGCUGGAGUUCAUUCAACUCAUGCUUCUUACAAAAUAGUAACCAGGAGAUGUUUAAUGUGCCUGAUUUAAUGUUUUUAAUAAUCAGAGCAAAUAAAAAGUGGCUUAGCCAUAGGUGAAGCACUGUUGAGUGCCAGCUGUGGAGACACUAGGGAAGGGAGCCGUGUAAGCCUCGAUUGUGAAAGUCCAAAUCAUGAUGCGAGGCUAAAACAUCACACCCUCAAAUCACAGCUGGUUUUAUAUGGCCUGUCUAUAACGUCAAGAACCCAUGUACUAUAUAAUAAUUCAGAAGGGCUCUAUUCACUACACAAAUUACAUUGUUCAAUCAUCAGCUACUAAUAGCCUAAGAUUUAUUGUUGUGCGUGUUUUUUCUUAAGCCUAUGGAACCAGCUUUGCUGUUCUGGUGGGUGAAAGUAGAUGAACUAGUGGAGGAACAAAGAGAGAAAGAAAACCUAAUGUUCCAUUGGGGCACUUCCCGCCCUCCCACGGCAGUGAAAGAAAGGACCCCAUGGACAUGGCUACUCCACUCUCCUGAACAAUUCUGAUUUACAUUUUCAACAACUUUUGUGGAAUUGCCCAUUAUACAAAGCAGAUAGUUCCAAACCACAGUUGUGCCUCCUUGAAUCAAGCCAUUCUACUGUGCUAAUGUUUUAAUAUCACAUCUCACAAAUAACCAGGCUAAUGUUUCUCUUUAGCAGUCUAGACAGGUGCUGGUGUUUCAUCUCCAUUUGAAUGCUUGACCUCCUAACAUGAGUGAGUGAGUGUGUGUGUGUGUGUGUGUGUGUGUGUGUGUGUGUUCAUGGGAUUUAAAGGAAUAGUAUUUUACAAAAGGUGUAGCUUUUAUAAGAGUUCAGAAAAAGGAAGGACGUGUGUGUUUUUUCUCUCACUAUAGUGUAAGAAUCUAUUUUGGAGAAAAAAGAAAAUAUGAGAGUUGUGAAGCAUGAUUUUUAUAACUUCAGUUUUAUCUACUAACUUACUUUUUAAAUCAAUAUUUAUCAACAAUCUUUUCAUGUAUGCAGUGCUUUCGAAAGAAACUUUUGAGUAUCCAGUGAAACUCAUGACUUGGAUAUAUGGUCUAAAAAUCAAAGCAAAAACAAACAAAAAAAAAAGAAAACAAAAAAAAAGGAAAAGGAAAAAAAGAAAAAAUGUAAACAAAAAGGAUUUUCUAUUAUAUUUUAGACGAACAUAUCAUUUUUAAGUAUUUUAAAUACUGAAUUCAAAGUUGUUUUUUGUUUUGUCUUGUUUUGAAUCCCAGCAGUAACAGUUGAGUGGUUUAACCUAACUGGCUUCCUAAGAAACAUUGAAGAUUUAGCUAAAAAAGAAGUUAACGUUCUUAUCUCUUUAUUGAAAUGAAAAAUAAUUUUUUCAUAACUCCUGCCUAGGACUAUCUAUGUGUCCCUCUACAAAGGAAAAAGAGCUCAUUGAAAUGUUUGUUUGGGGUUUUUUUAAAUUUUAUUUUUUUGCUUUAAGUAAACAAAAACUUUUCUUUCUUUACUGCAUGCAUAGCACUUAUGAAAUGGAUUUUUAAAAAAUCCACUGGUGAUACCAGAAUGUCCAGGGAGUGGGUUGUCACUAAAAUUAUGGUUUACUGUUGUUCCACCUCUUGACUGAAAUAUUUAGUUGCUAAACCCGAAGCCUCUGCAGUUAAGAACUUGCCUGAGUUUCCUUAAUUCAGCAACUUGACAGUUUGACUGAUGUGCAUUAUAUAUCGCUCAAUUAUGUCUGUUCUUUAUGCUAAGUAGGCGAACCAGCCACACGCGUUGGCCAGCGGGCCUCCGCGUAUAAUUAGGAGGAACCGUCUUCUUGUGACACGCAGGGCCGUUCGGUGUGUUCAUUAGCAAUGUGGAAACAGUCAAUGGAAGAUGCCAGCGCGCUCUCGGGGCUGGAAAUCCCAAACAGAAAGGCUCAUUGGUCGCAUCCAACACUCGGCUUAUCAAUAUGAAGUGAUUUCCCUUAAAGGCCCAGCUUUCUCCGGACUAUGGAACGAUCAGUCCUCCCUCUUGCCCUACACUUUUUGCCAAUCUGGGAAAAUGUCUUUCUCCCCCAUUCUUCUCUCCCACUGAAUUACUGGUCACCCCUCCAUAAUUUCAUGAAUCGGUUGCAGCGAUCUUCAGAGCAUUCACCCAGAGGGCUCUGCAGCUCUGCCUUCCUCGCUCCCUUGGCAUAUUUUUAUCGGCAGGAUGUGCUUCUGAAGUCACUGCCAGCCUACCUGGAAAUUUCUACUUUUUUCCUCCCCUGCCUUUUGUGAUGUGAGUUAACACCUUUGAAAAGUACACCUGGUAGUGUUUCUACCCGCUGAAUCCUCCCCGAAACUGAGGCAUCCACAUCUGAAUUGUUUCUCCUUAACAACAUAGGCAGGCACAGGUAUGGCGGAAAUCCUAGCCUUGGAUGAAUGCACUUGUUUCAAAGCCAGGUGUUAGGUCAGAAGUCUUCCCUAUACCCUCCCACCCACCCUGCUCCCACCUCCAAGUCAAUGUCCUUAAGUCACCAUCUCAGCACAGGUUAUUGGAGCCGGUAUGUGCUGUCACUGCGUGGUUAGCAUGAGGGUGACUGACUUGGGGCAAAUGCUCCUUGGAGCCUAUUUUGUCAAACGCAGCAAGUUCCCAAUAGAGGGGCAUCAACGGUGAAUGUUCAGGUGGUUGUUGCCUGUUAGUGAGGCACAUUUGAGUGUGUCUGUUGAUUCGUCAUUUGAAAUCUUAAACCAGCUGCAGUGAAGGACCAGCCCUGGGCUGGGGGUGGGGUAGGUUAAGCUUCAGUAACAGCUAUAAAUCUAGCCAUUCGGUUAGACUAGAAUGUGCUUUCUGGUUAAUAAAGAUCAUCUAAGAAAAUAUAUAUGUAUGUAUGUGUGUAUACAGUGAAAGUCAAGGACCAAAGCAAAAUUUGAACAGGAAUCUAUUAAUUUAGAAUUUUAUAAGAUAUUUAUUAAUAAAUGUUAUUUUUAAACAUUCCAUUUGAACAGUAUUCUUCUGUAGGAUCUACUUGUUUUUAAAGUAUUAGCUCAUAAUAAACUACUCUAGUGUAUGUAGCCUCAUUUUUCAGGGUUUCAAUGGCUGCGCUCCAUCAUUUGGUGGAAAUGUUUGCUUGAACCUCUUUGCAUAGAAAUAUCAAGGAUUAUUAUUGCUCUGUGAGUUAUUUUUUUAAUCUGUGUUCUGAACAGCUUUUUUAAAAUAAAAAACAUCCCUUUGUGCAUGUGUAAAGUAAGCUCUCCCCUUUAGGGAGCACAGUUCAGCUAAAGGGAAUCAGUAACUACAACUGGAACACUUUCUUGUAAAAGUGUAAAAACAACUUCAUCUCUGCGUCUUUCCACCCCACCCCAAUUUCCCAGAGUGCUUUGCACUAUUCAGCUCUCUCAGUGCUCUUUGUGUCCCUUCUCAAACAAUGCAGUAGCUUUAAGCCACUCAAAGCCAUUAUGCAGUCUAUCUGAGAAGGAAAAGGAAACAACCCAUUUAAAUUUGAAUAAAACUGUGCCUAUGCGAACAGUAGCAAUUUAGAACCUCUCUUCUGCUUAAAAUAAUUUAUAUUUUAAAGUUGCACUUUAGCUUUUCUGAUCCCUUUCUCUUGUUCUCUCUUGAACCUCCACCUUGUCCUCAAGCUUGCCUUCCCUCUUCCCUCUUCACUGAACCCCACCCCUUCCUCCGAGGCUCUGAGCUGCAUCAUUUAACAUACUUUAUGUAAUAUUUGCACCAGGUACAUUUGCGUGUGGUCCUAAGUAGCCUAGCGAAGAUGUGCUGCUCACAUCACCUAGAUGAAGCCUGAUACGAGAAUGCGCAGGAAAAGAGCCAGUUUAUACUCUACCUUUAUUCACAGCAUGUUUUUGUAAAGUGUUAUAUUAUGCAACAGAUGUGAGGCAGCAGCUAAGCUACACUUAAGAAUUUUCUAUCUUAUCCUCCGAACCAAAGUGUCCUGAACGAGCAGGAGACUGUUGUUGUGCGCAUCAUGGUGCACAAUGGACUGUUGUCCUAGCCAUGGUCUCUCUGAGGCUGCUGAAAUAGCAGUGGUCCUUUCUAGUCCAUUCCUAGGUCUCAAAAAAUGCAACGUUGCCUUGUAACAAAAUUAGGGACAGCGCCUUUAUUUUACAAUUGUAAUCUAAGAAAGGACAAGAAGACACUGAAGCAAUAAACUUACAAGUAAACUCCAAUACCAAAACAAAGAAAAGAAAAAAUAAACCUUCGCUCAUCGUGUUGUGAAAAUAAAAAAGUGUAUGUCCAUUCAAAAUAUUUUACUAUUUCUUGUGGAGUUUCUCAGUGAUGUAAUGCUUAUAGCCAAAUUGCUUAAAGAGUGUUUAUAUAUUUUUUCCUUAUAAAUUGUCUAUUUUUAAAUAAAAACUAUUUAACCACACAUUGAAGAGGGGGGUAAGGCCAAAUUGCCAGCAUUCGUUUCAAGAUGAAUAUUCUUCCGCGGCGCUCUGAUACCUUUCCAAGCUUAUCAUCAGAGGGAACCAAUCAUUAUCAGCCAUUCAAUGUAGACCAACUUACAGUAUCUAACUCAGUAGUAGUCAGGAUUUAGAAAGCUCUUCUUAAGCCAUUUGAGAAUUUCUUGCAUUGAGUUUCAUAUUAUAGAACUUUAUAGAACGCUUGUUUCUACGGAGUUAUGGUAGCCUCAGGACAGAGAAUGUGGAGCCUGAAUGAAGUAGCUUUAAGUGCAUCAUUAAAGUCAUAUCACACUAAGCUCCCCAGGCUGGUGCGCUCCUUUAGAAUGCCAGUGCUCUGGACACUUAGGAGGUCAGAAAGGUAUCCCAGUGCUGAAGUGGAGGGCAUUCAGAGAAAGGACCCUUGCCAGCCGGCCAGUAAAAAAAGAAAAAAAAAGGACCUACCUACCUACCCUCUUUCCUUCUACGUUCUGCUAAAUCACACCUGCCUCACAGAGAGAGGGCUUCUGCCUUUGAGGCUUGUCUGGAAGAAAAAAUAAGCUUUGAAAUGUUCUCCUUGGGGAGGACAUGGGGUUUGGGAUCUUCUGGAAAAGCCCAGAAAAAAAAAAUGGCUUGGUUCAAACACAAUAUUCCAGGGCAAUUGGAAUAUAGAUAUUGUGCAAAACUAGAAUUACAAGAGAAAAGUUUAGCAUUGUACAAACUAAGUGUUAACUAAGGAAGUCCCCCCCCCCCCAAAAAAAAGGUGCUGUCACUUUAAGUUCUAGACUGGGGGGUUGUUUGUAAUUGUAAACAGCAAAGCAUUUGUGUUCGUUUGUCUAUUUGUAAAGCAACCACCUUCCUUACUGGAAGGAGAAAACAAUUUUGGGGUACAUACCUGUAAAUAUUUGCUGCAGCAUUUAAUAUGUUUAAUUUUAUGUUAAGCUUUUUGUUGCAUAGUGAACACAUUAUUGUUACCAAUGGACAAUGAGUUCAUUAAGACUGUUCAACUAGGUCAGAUUUUUACAUCUCUUUUUAGCAAGAAGAGACAAGAUUUUGUGCAUUUGUACAAAUGUUAAUAUCACUGCAAUUCCAAUAUAAUAAAGCACUCAAAUGCAAACAAUA